UGGACUGAAGUCUCUCCCGGCCUGUGGCGGAAGGAACUAGAAGGAGCUGAGAAGGUCUACCGCGACAUGUCGUUGGCCUUUCAGGCGUCCGGAAGGGAGCAAUGGCGUCUUUAUUGUCAAUGCGAGGUCCGCUUAGGCGAGGGCUUCGAAGCCUUUGAUUUGGCAACAGCGCUCGAAACGUCUUGGAAACGGCUGAGAUUUGAGUUUCCCGCCCUCAGCGUGGUCCCAGAUGGCUCUGGCAAGGUUUAUACGACUCCGCGGAGCGUGCAAGACGUCGAAGACUGGGCGAGCAAGACGUUCAUCGUCGAACAUGAUCAGAGCCCGGAAAGCAUUAUUCGAGCUGCGGCCGGCCCAUAUGACUUGCCGAGGCUAUACUAUUUCCCCAAGUCUUGCCAUGUGCUGUUCUUGUCCUCUCACUGGCGCAUCGACGGCCUCGGGACCUGCAUGCUACUCGACCGGCUCUUCGAAAUCGUCGCCAUGUACCAACCCUCACAUAUCGACUCAUCAUUCGACUGGGAGAACGAGUGGAAGAACCUGUCCCCCAGUCUGGAAGACGCUUGUGGGUCACUUGAACCCGCCCAAUGCUCUCCAGACAUGGAUCGUUACGUUCGUGACGCCAUGGAGACUCACCAUCGUGUCGCUGUGCAGGGUAUCGGCCUCCCCUACAAGGGAUCCGCGGAAACCGCACCAAUGGACUCCUGCAGGCAGGCUCUCGCCCUUUCUCAGGCAUCAACAGGAGCCCUUGUCGCCGCCUGUAAAGCCCGUGGCAUCAGCGUCACGGCUGCUCUUCAUGCUGCGCUUUCUGAGACGGCGACACACGCUUGUGCAACUUACGUUACUGGCCUCACUCCUGUGGUACUCAGGGAGAGCAGUUUCAUGGAUAGGGCUUCAGAAUUGACGCACUACUACAAGAAUUGGUACAGCGACAUGUUGGUGAAGACGCUUAGGCUGAGGUACUUGUACCAUGGGCAGAAACUGUUCGCAAAAGGCCCGGCCGUGACGAAUACCCGGCUACCAAGUGGCAUAACGCUGAGCAGCUUGGGUGUCAUUGAUAAGCACCUGCGAGGAAAGUAUUCCGGUCCCAACGGGGAUGUGGCGAUUCAUGUAGAUGGGUUUCAAUUUGGAGUCAGCCUUGUGACUCGCCAAAUGCUCCUGUAUCCAUGGACCUUCAAAGGACAACUCUCUUUGUCGAUCAACUACAACCAGGCCUACCACGAGGGGGAGAGAGCUUUAGAAGUUUUGCGCAAGAUUGUCGCUGUUCUCGAAGAAAACUUGGGUUUGCAAUUG